AUGUACAUUUUAAGAGCAAAUCCGAUGAGUAAUAAGACAAAAGAUGCACAAAAGAAGCUGGUGAAGGCUUUAACCAUUCAAGCGAUUAUCCCGCUCUUCAUGAUGAGCCAGGCCUCAAUUUACAUUUGGAGACAAUUUCAAUUACCAUUCGGUGAUCUGGCACCGUAUUUCGAGGAAUGGGUUUUCUUAUUGAUGGCAAUUGUGAGUUUACAAGAGUUUGAU